CAGCCAAUCCCCUCCUUUUCCUCACAUUCAAAUAAAUAAUCGUUAAAUAAACAGAAUUAAAACAAAUCGAUUAUUAAUUGACCACGUCUCCUUCUAUUUACCCCGGACCCUAACCAAACUCUAACCUCCAUUUCUUCCCUUCGCCAUGACGCCGCCGCCGCCGCCGUGCCUCGCCUGCCUCCUCACCCUCCUCCUCCUCGCCGCCGCGGCGGCGCCACCGGCCGGCGCCAUCUGCGUCCCGCGCAAUCCCGGUGGCCACAGCAAGCCAGGAGCGCCGGCCAAGCCCGCGCCACCGAAGCCGAAGCCUCUCACGCCCGCGGCGCCGGCGCCGCCGAAGCUGACGCCGAUGGCCCCAGGCGCCGACAUCGUGCGGAGCCUGUGCCUGAAGACCGACUACCCCGACCUGUGCAUGUCGGCCAUCGCGAAGCAGCCGCAGCCGCAGCUGCCGGUCGGGAAGCGGCUGGACGGCGCCGGCGUGCUGCGGCUGGCCAUGGGCGCCGUGCGCACCAAGGCCGCCGAGGCCAAGGCCGCGGCGGGCGCGCUCGCCAACGACCCCCGGACGCAGCCGCUGGCGCGCGGCCCGCUGCACGACUGCGUCGAGUCGUUCGACGACAUCGCCUACAGCCUCGACCAGGCCGCCAAGUCCCUCGCCGCCGGCGACCGCGACACCACCGGCACCAUGCUCGACACCGUGCGCACCGACGUGGACACCUGCGACCAGGGCUUCGAGGAGCGCGAGGAGCUCACGCCGGUCAUGGCCAAGCACGACGCCGAGCUCGCCAAGCUCUCCAGCAACUGCCUCGCCAUCGCCACCGCCGCCGGCUUGCGCUAGAUCGCCUGUGCAUGUGCUAGCUCCUAGGCAACAACAACAAUAAUAUAUAUACCGCCACCUUAUAAUUAACUCUCCACGCAUCAGAGAAGCUUCACACAUGCACCAAACUUGUGCAUCCAUGGAUAUCCAAGAAGAAGAUGUAGUUAGUGCAAGCGUUCCGGUUAUUUCGUUUUCCUUUUACUCCUCUUCAUUCCUUCUACCUUCACCAAGAACUGAUUGUUGACUGACAGCACCUACAAGAGUUUAUGUAAAUUUUAUUUAAAUCCGAUAAUUAUAAUCCUAAACUUGAUCA